AUGACCUCCAGGACCCCCAUCGGCGUCCACCCGCGACCGCCGCAGCGAACCAUCAGCAGUUCGACGCUGCCGCCGGCUCAGCGGCCUCCGCCUCAACGCGCUCUGUCGCAGCAGCUGUUUCCCUCGUCGCCCGUGCGCAAGGACUCGGCCCUCAGCGAUGCCUCGAGCGACUCCAUCGAUCAUGCCCAAGCCCAAAUGCAUGGCCAGGGCACAAACCAGGCCCAGAACCAUGGCCGCCUCGUAACCACGCCUCGAAGAGCCGGUUCUCGACUGCGCCUCGAGCUGUCCAACAUCGACCAAGCCAUGCUGUCGGCGACGGCAUCAGCGACGGCAUCAGCUCCCGUGUCCGCUGCUUCGUCGCCCCAAAGCCAUACCACGUCGCGUGUGCCGUCCAUGGCCGACGCAGGAGAUGUUGGCGACUCGAGUCCAACGCCCACCCGGGCUUCAGCCGCCGACCUCGACCACGACAACCACCCUUUACCCAUGCCCAAACGACGCCUGCCGGCAUCGCAGACGUACUCAAAACUAUCCAAACGAUUAGAACCUCCCCCACGGCCCACACCAACCUUCAAGAAAGACGGUCGCCCGAAGCCAUGGACUGUUGAGGUUCCCAAAGAUGCUCCGCGCUAUCCUCCUGCCGAGAAGCGCCCAGGCGCAACGGGCGGCGAUCCCUUCAGCCGGGGGCUCUAUUCUGGAUAUGCCGACUUCUUUCCCUGGCACGGCACCAAUAAUAUCAAGCACCACGAGGACGACUGGAGCUACGAGGCGAUCCAAAAAGGCACCUGGGACCGUGGCAGCCAGAACGAGACGGGCACCGCGAGAAUGACCAUAUCUCCGGCUAUCAAGCAAAAGACUGGGCUGGGUGCUCUAUCUACCAUAUUUAUGGGUAUUCUUAACCAGCGCAGACAUCGUGGCCACGUUACGGCCCCAUCGACUUUUAAACCUCCCCCUCGAGUGACCUUGACCGAUACAAAGAGAGAAGUAUGGAUGAGAGAUUUGGCCAAUCCUGCCAUCUCUCUUCGUCGACUUAGCAGGACUAUUCCCCACGGUAUUCGCGGCCGAACACUCCUCGAUCAGUGCCUGAAUAAAAGCGUCCCUACCGAAAGAGCCGUUUGGCUAGCUAAAUGCGUUGGCGCCAACGAGAUUCGUGCCUUCAAAAGAAAGGGAGCUCCAGGUGGUGGUGCUUUUGCCAUUGCCGGCGAGUUCAAGUGGGUCAGAGACUGGACAGUCUUUGUGGAACAGUUUAUUGAAUCCGUCACUUUUUCGUUUGGCGAGCCAGACUGGAAGGCCAAGGUGACUUAUGCUAUACGACUGGCUACAAGUUUUUACGCCGAGCAACUCCUCGACCGAGACCACUAUCUUGACUGGAUUACAUCUGGCUUGGAGCACAGCUCCCAGUCCAAACUUCCCAUGUGGAUUCUGAUUGCUCAGAUCUGCUGGGCCGACAUCCUACGCUCGCGAAAGUAUGGGCGCCGUCUUGUUUAUGCCUUGCUCGACCACCUCAAUACUAUCUAUAUCCAUCCCGACAAAGAUAUUCUCAUUCAACUAUCGAGCCAGCUUUCCACCUUGCUAGCCUCACUUGUCAGAGAUAAAUCAGACAGCUUUAUUGACCCAAGCCUUUGGCCAAAGUAUAGAGACGCCCUGGAAGCCUUCCUACCGCGAGAUGACAAAGCGGGCCGGGACGCAUAUCAUCAUAUCAAUGCUCGAAAUAGCCAGGUAGCCAUUACUAGCAAUACCUCGCCACUGGCUGGGCGGCCACAGUUGGUACGGCUCCUAGACGCAACCCUGCUCAGCCAAAUCGGGCGCGAUCUGCCCCAGAAAUGCUGGGCCACCGGAGACGACAAGACCGAUAUUGUAAAGACCACCGUGGACUGGGCAACGUCCUUUUAUCGCCCUGGGUUAGCAAGGGUCUACAUUGCGGCCAACCUGAUCAAGGUCUGGGCGUCGCUGAGGAUCGAUGUCACUGGUGCAAUCCUUGAGCACAUGGACACUAUACCCGCGGAGGACGAGGGCCGGAAGCAGAUGACGUACCAUCUUGUUGCAGAGCUGGUUCGGACGGGGCAGUUCUCAGUUACUCAGUAUAUCAAGUGGCUCAUGGCUCGCGGCGGCUGCAGCCAUCCCUCUGAAGUAGACUCUGACGAGGCUCCCUGCACCACCAGAUUGCUAGUCCACCUCCCUGUGCAUUACCUAACAGAAGAUCAGAAGGAUGACCGAAGCAGUCUGCUUAGGCGAGCAGCCAGCUAUUCCGUCGUCGAGGAAGCAAACGACAUCCACAACGCCCUAAUGUGCGUCAGCCACACCCUGGGCUUGCCUUUGCAGGACGACGAGAUGUCUGGCAGGAAGCCCAUCCCGUUGCGAAAGCUUCUCCCAAUGAUCAUCAACAGCUCAAGGGCUUUGCGAUGCGCCGUGGGCGUCCACCUGCGUGAAAGCGUGAUGAGGCUCAAUAAAUCUGUCCAAGCCAUGUCGCAGCGCCUAUUUUCUGCCAUCCGCACCAUUCUCGAGGCUACGCAAGACUUUUAUGCCCUUUGCGAAAUACUCAAAUUUUGCUCCAGGACCACCAAUAUCGAAGUCCUUGCGUCCUGCGUUGACACAUUGAACUUGAAUCUACAAGUUUUUUACGCUCAAGGCACUGCCGAGCGCUUGUUCACCGUCUUCUUCGAGCGGCUCAAGGCUAUUAAUCAAGAGCAGGGCCUUGUGUCUCGCCCGCUGCUUGCAUCUCUAUGCUCUCUCUCCCGGCGGAUGCCCAGUCGCCAAGAUCUCUCCAAAUACCUGGCUCACGAACUUACCCAGAGUGACCGCAACAAUGCCACCGACGCCUGCUCACCGAUUUCCGAUAAUAACAUGGUCAACCCGCUGUCAGGGGCUGAUGGCGAGGUCUCAGAACAGAUUGAGAAACUUUUGGCAAGCGGGAAUAGCAUCGAUCACCCGACCAUGAAUCGCCUGUUUGCAUACAUCAUACGCAGACUUGAACUGGGCUGGACUAAGAUGGAUGAUAACCGGAGGAUCCAUGCCUCCCUUCUUACUCGCCUCCGUUUAUUCGAUGCUCAGCACUUUGAUAAGCUCAUGUCCGACUGGGUUGGGCGAGUUCGGCUGAUGAAGAAGCGAGAACGGCUACAUGCCGUCUUUCCUCUCUUGAUAAUUACUGACGCUUUGCCCAUUUCUUUCCUCUUUGGGCCUACAAGCUUGAUUCAAGCUCCUGCGCCCCAGGGAGACGCUGAUUCGGCAGCGGCGGCAGCAGCGCCACUACUGAACCUGAUAUCUCCCGGAGCAGCAACUUUCCUCCAAGAACUGCUGCACUUGAUCCUAUCGAAACUACCGGAUGACACAGAUCUCAGCCAGGAAGAAGUAUAUCGCUUUGGUAUCUACCAACAGUCUAUACAUUUCAGUCAUCACAAAGGCCUGCUUUCGCUCAUACGCCACGCCAUCAUUGAAUAUGCUGAACUUCGGGCUGGAGAUGGCAAUGCAAAAUUACCGCUUGACGACGCCACAUAUCGAAGCAAUUUACUCGACGCUUUGCAGCUCCUAGUCGUUUUGCACACCGCGGAUGUUACAGAAGCUUUUAGCGUAAAAAGUAUCCCUCCAGGAGGCUUCCGUCUGGUUCACGACAUCAUUAGCAAUCUCUUCAAGCAAUCCGGGACCGAGGAUGGGUCGUCGUUGGCUACGCCUUAUGACGAAAUCUUACGCCAGACAAACGAGCUUACCAUGCCAUUUUGCCAGAUUAAACUCAAUAUGGAUCUUUCUGUUUCGCCACCUCGUCAGACCGAGAGUGAAGACGCUCCCCAGAGCGUUUCGCAAUACGAUCUAUUUGCCCAGGCUAUGGACCGUGCAAUUGGGGCCCAGAACGUUAUGUGGACGACUAUGCUUCCAUGCCUAAGUAAAGACAUUUCUCGCCACUUGCAAAGUCAGGCCCGCCAGCGAUUUUUAGCUCUUGUCCCGGCAUCGUCGCAAUUGAAGGAUCCUCUUGGAAACCUUCAGGGCGCUCUCUCAAGCAAUAACAAUCUAUACCUUGCCGAGAAGCUCCUUGGCGUUAUCGAGGCCAUCGUUGUAGGCCAGCAGCCGCCGGCUACAGCUCAGCUUACCAUGGCUCUGGCCAACAAGCUGUCCGAUCUCGUUGACUUGGUCGUUGCACCAAGGGCUGCCGAAGAUAAGAAAGAGGGGGUGCUAACAUCCGUCAUUGAGCACUGGAUACCGAUGCUGCUCAGAUUCGUGCUCUUACACAGCGUGUCUCAGGAGCCCUUGAGUGCCUCUGUGAUGACCACCUCUGUCCAGGGAAAGCUGCUUAUGCCCCCCCAUCACGAGGCAAGGGCGCAUACUGUUCUGACUCUAUGCCGCCUGCUGCUUGGACUCGAGGCGCUCCCAAGCCAGGUGGCUGGAGGCGGGCUGUUGCAGCAAGUGUUUGACGUCGCCGCAGUAUUGGCAGAUGGCUUGCCAGACGACCUGCGCCUCCACUGCGCCAAGUCUGUCCUUGUCGUGCCUGGUAUGAUGCCAAGCUUGCACACAUCUUCGGACUCUCGCCUAUAUUACAUCUUUAGCAUUCCACCACCUACUGCUAUGGACGGCAUGAUGCUCGCGCACAGGGAGAAGGCAGCGGUGCCUCACAGCUCCGCAUCCAGAGGCAUGGGUGCAAUGUACGGUAUUCGGCCCUUGCCGCACGAGAGGCUCUCCCCAUAUGUCAUUCGACGAUGGGAAAUGCUUAGCGAGCCCACUCCAAACGUCGGUGUGAAUGAUACAAGCUUGAACCUAAGUCUCUUUGAAGCCAUCAGGAUACACUAA